GAAUGGUGGCUUUUUGUAAUCCCUAUUGGUAAGCACAAAACCAUUCCAAGAUAUAAAGAAUAAGAAGGCCCUGUCAUAAGUCACACUGUAACUAGAUAGCAGCGUCARCACAGCCGGGUAGCUAAGGAGUUUCCAGCACACAUUGUGAGACUCGUUGGUUCCAUGUGAUGCGACUCUGUGUGUGCUGCUGCCUGGCUGAAGGAGAUGCCACUGACUAGCUGCAAGCAGCGUGCGAGGACUGAGAGGCUGAUCCCUCUAGAAACAGAACAGUAAAUCAAUUGCAUCAACUACCAUGGGAUUGCUUUCCGAGUUAAUUAUGUUUCACAGCCUUUGAAAAGACAGUGAUUUGUUCGGAGUGCAGAGGGCGGCAUGGARACGCAAAGGAAAAAGAUGAAAACUGACAGAAAUGUGGAACGUGAUGGAAAGCUCCAAAACGAAUCCGGCAAGUCAACAGAAAUGGACAGUGCCUCAAAAAGAAAUCACCAGAUGUCAGCAGAUGAUUUUCCUUGCUCCUCUUGUAGCGCAGUCCUGGUCAUUCCUAGCACCCCAAGCAGCGGGGCCAAGACCUGGCCGUGCCUGAGCUUGUUAGGGGGGAACUCUGAGGCAAAUCCCACCCUGCAACGCAGCCCACCCGAACCUCAGCGGGAACCGGGACACCCUCCGCUGCUUAGUCCUGUGCUCCACCGCGYGAAGGAAACGUUGCCUCCCAGUAACCCUGCAGAAAGAGGCCCGGCCAGGACGAGGACAAGCAGUGCCACAGCCCAGGACAGCCUUCAUCAGCACGGGCACGAUCAGAAAGUCGGCCCGCAGCGGGGCUGGCUCUUCCUGGGGGUUCUGACCACUCUAGUUACUCUAAGUGCUCAUCUACGGACUGAGAACGAACACCCAGAGCAGAGGCCUCUUGUUYAUCUGAACUCCCCUUGUCCCACGCAGAGCACGUGCUGCAGUCCAGCUAACAGCAGCCAUGAAGAAACUUUCCUGAAGGAAUUAAGUGAUCAGCAUCUGGGAAAGCAGCAUUACAGUCUUUGGGAAUACAAGGCUGCAACACCCAAGCCAACRCUCUUCUUGCUGCAUACAUUAAGCACUUCUCCAAGACUUGGAAUAUUAUAUUUAUACUAUUUUGAUUACACAGAAACAUUUCUGCCUUUCAUCCAUACUGUGUGUCCCGUGCAGGAAAACAGAGCAGAUGUAGACAAGAAACUUUCCCAUCUUAAACCUCCUACUUGGAAGCAAUGGAGGAAACUUCUUCUUAAGCUCACCUUGGCUUAUCAAUUAGUUGCUGAAUUUGCCUGGAGCUGGYUGGGGAUUCAUUAUUGGACAUCAUGGUUUCUUGUUGUCAAUGCCAUGCUGCUGUCUCUGCUGGAGCUACUGUCCUUUUGGAAUCUCUGGUUAAGAAAAGAGCUGCAGACUAUUCCGCACCGAGCAUGCAAGCACUUCUGGCACGUGUUCUCUCAGGGAUUACUUGGUGCCAUUCUGUGGCAUCUUAUUCCUUCGUUUAUCUGGAAGUAUGCAUUUUAUUGGAAAUUGUACUGCAGCCCAGUCAUAAACUUUCAUAAAAUAGUGAAAGAACUUAGGAAUUUGGAAUUACAGGCAAUGYAGUAAAUAUCUGAGAAAGCAAAAGGAAAAUACCUGUUUGUGAACACUGAAGCUGGAACAAGAAAACCCAUUCUCUUUUAAAGAGAAUAAAGCUGCACUGUUCUAAAAUCCAACGUGAGUGUUCUGUGUUAUCAGAAUCCACGUGCCCUGGGUAUUGAUCCUGUUCAAACUAUUUAUCAAUCCUAAACAGAGGGUUAUGGUUAUCAAGUUAUCAAGUACU